AGCCAUACUUCUUAUCACCUCUGAACACCUAUUGAUGUGCAGGUGUACUAAAGCCAGGCGAGAUAUUCUGGAAAUGUUACAAUUUUACCCACAGCACCCCAGACCCAUCUUCCUUUCCUUUUCUUGUGCUACUCAUUUUCCUAACCCCCAUCCUCGCACAGUCCAAUUGCUGUAGCGUCCUUCGGACAGUCGGGGGUUCUUCCCACACGCUGGAACGCUCUGCUCUCAAAGCGGUUGUGUCGUUGGGUUUCCUGCUUCCUACCUCCAGGCCCCUCUCCUGAGUGCAGAUGGCGGGUGCGCAGACGCGUCAACCAGAGUGUCGCUGACACUAGCCAGGCAGCCUGUGGGUUGCCUGCCGCGAGGGGGACUGACACUACACGGAGGGCCACACCGGCCCCCACGCAGUUCUGCCCCAGCAGGGUGAGAGGAGGCAGCGUCAGGUAAUGAGCAAAGGCUCUGCCAGCCACCCGGGUCCUGGGCGGGGCCACUGCCGCAGAGCCCCGCGAACGCCGGAAGCCUACGUUCCAGCACUUCCGGGAGAGAAGGUCUUCUGAAGCUGACCGGUUGUUGCGUUGCCUCGCGCACGCGUCGUCGCGCUUUUCCUUGCGCGCGUGCGCGCUGCUACUGCCGAGUAGGAGUAUGGCUGACUCGGUGGUGUUGGGAUUCGAACACAUGGGUCUGGACCCCCGGCUCCUGCAGGCCGUCACCGACCUGGGCUGGUCGCGACCCACACUCAUUCAGGAGAAGGCCAUCCCACUGGCCUUGGAAGGGAAGGACCUCCUGGCCCGAGCCCGCACGGGCUCGGGGAAGACGGCCGCCUAUGCCCUUCCGAUGCUGCAGCUGCUGCUCCGCAGGAAGGCGACAGGCCCUGCAGUAGAGCAGGCUGUGAGAGGUCUUGUGCUUGUGCCCACCAAGGAACUGGCACGGCAGGCCCAGUCCAUGAUUCAGCAGCUGGCUGCCUACUGUGCUCGAGACAUCCGGGUGGCCAAUGUCUCAGCCACUGAAGAUUCAGCCUCUCAUAGAGCUGUGCUGAUGGAGAAGCCUGACGUAGUGGUGGGGACCCCGUCUCGAAUCUUAAACAGCCUGCAGCAAGACAGCUUGAAGCUGCAAGACUCCUUGGAGCUGCUGGUGGUGGAUGAGGCUGAUCUUCUUUUCUCCUUUGGCUUUGAGGAGGAGGUCAAGAGUCUUCUCUGUCAUUUGCCCCGAAUUUACCAGGCUUUUCUGAUGUCAGCUACUUUUAAUGAAGAUGUACAAGCGCUCAAGGAGCUGGUACUGCAUAACCCGGUUACCCUCAAGCUACAGGAGUCCCAGCUGCCAGGACCAGACCAGUUAGAGCAGUAUCAGGUGGUCUGUGGAACAGAGGAGGAGAAGUUUCUGUUGCUGUAUGCCCUACUCAAGUUGUCGUUGAUUCGGGGCAAGUCUCUCCUCUUUGUCAACACUCUUGAGCGGAGCUACCGACUGCGCCUGUUUUUGGAGCAAUUCAGCAUCCCCACCUGUGUGCUCAAUGGGGAGCUUCCACUGCACUCCAGAUGCCACAUCAUCUCACAGUUCAACCAAGGCUUCUACGAUUGUGUCAUAGCGACUGAUGCCGAAGUCCUGGGGGCCCCAGUCAAGGGCAGGCGUCGGGGCAAAGGACCCAAGGGGGACAGGGCGUCUGACCCAGAGGCAGGUGUGGCUCGUGGCAUAGACUUCCACCAUGUGUGUGCUGUGCUCAAUUUUGAUCUCCCACUCACCCCCGAGGCCUACAUUCAUCGGGCUGGCAGGACGGCACGUGCCAACAACUCAGGCAUAGUCUUGACCUUUGUGCUGCCCGCAGAGCAAUCCCACCUGGGCAAGAUUGAGGAGAUUCUCAGUGGAGAGGAUGGGACCCCCGUGCUGCUUCCCUACCAGUUCCGCAUGGAGGAGAUUGAGGGCUUCCGCUAUCGCUGCAGGGACGCCAUGCGUUCCGUGACGAAACAGGCCAUUCGGGAGGCAAGACUGAAGGAGAUCAAGGAGGAGCUUCUCCAUUCGGAGCGGCUCAAGGCUUACUUUGAGGACAACCCCCGGGACCUCCAGCUGCUGAGGCACGAUCUGCCCUUGCACCCUGCAGUGGUGAAGCCCCAUCUGGGCCACGUCCCUGACUACUUGGUCCCUCCUGCUCUGCGCAGCCUUAUCCACCCUCACAAGAAGCGGAAGAAGCUAUCCUCUAAGAAGGCUAAGGCAAAGACUCAGAACCCGCUGCGCAGCUUCAGGCACAGAGGAGAGGAACGCAGACCCACAGCGGCGCCCUCCUGAGGUCUCCCAGCUGUCCCAGAGCUGGCACAGAGCGGGGAACUGGGUUCCGCCUUGGACAGAUGGGAUUCAGGUGGCCAGAGCCACAGCCCUCCAGGUCCAUGACACUGCCCGGCUGCCGUUUUACCCCUUAACAGCAGAAUAAAGGUUCUUGCUACCCAG